AUCUCUGCUACAGUGACAGGAGCGGUGCUGCUAACGAUGUUUCGUUAACAUCUAAGGUUAGUGUCAUUCCCAUGUUUAUGGGCCAAAAUGAGGGUGACACAGUAGCAGAUUUCCUCCACUUUCAUUUUACGAAAAAUAACGACAGCCAGUUAAUUGCGUGGGCUGAACACACUUCAUCAUCGCCUGUCCAAAAACCUGGGAGAAACGAAAGAGAAGAGGGAAACCUUUCUGAUUUGUUUUUUUUUCUCCUCAGUUUGUAAAUGGCUUUGCAUUACUACCGCUGCAAUCUUGGACCGGACGAGGGUGUAUAACCGAUAGGAUAUUCGGCAUAGCAGUUCCACCCUCACUGCUGAAGUCUUUAGCCAGCUACGUUACAGACCGAAUUGGACCCGUUUGCGUUUGUACACUAAAGGAAGGUGGAUAUAUUUCAAGUUGCAUUAAAAAAGAAACUGAACGAUGGGGAACACGACCUCCUGCUGCGUAUCCUCUAGCCCCAAGCUCCGGAGAAACGCACACUCGAGGCUUGAGCCCUACCGCCCUGAGCCGGAGCUGAGCAGGGAGGAUACGGGCUGUAACCUACAGCACAUCAGCGACAGGGAGAAUAUUGACGAUCUGAAUAUGGAAUACAACCCCUCAGACCAUCCCAGAGCGAGCACAAUAUUCCUCAGCAAAUCUCAGACUGAUGUUGCCGUUCCCAACAAGAAAGUGAGAGAAAAGCGCAAGAGCCUCUACAUUAACCAUCAUCCGCCUGGGCAAACCAGAAGGAAGUACAGCUCCUGCUCCACCAUAUUCUUAGACGACAGCACAGUCAGCCAGCCCAACCUUAAGUACACCAUUAAGUGUGUAGCACUUGCAAUAUAUUACCACAUAAAGAACAGAGAUAUAGAUGGAAGAAUGGUGUUAGACAUUUUCGACGAGAAACUUCAUCCACUUUCGAAGUCUGAAGUUCCGUCGGACUACGAUAAGCAUGACCCGGAGCAGAAGCAGAUCUACCGCUUCGUCCGAACCCUCUUCAGCGCCGCCCAGCUCACUGCCGAAUGUGCCAUCGUCACGCUGGUGUACCUUGAAAGGCUGUUGACAUACGCAGAAAUCGACAUCUGUCCCGCCAACUGGAAGCGAAUUGUCCUCGGUGCCAUCCUGCUGGCCUCCAAGGUGUGGGAUGACCAAGCCGUGUGGAACGUGGACUACUGCCAGAUCCUUAAAGACAUCACCGUGGAGGACAUGAAUGAACUGGAGCGGCAGUUCCUUGAGUUGUUGCAGUUCAAUAUCAACGUGCCGUCGAGUGUUUAUGCCAAAUACUACUUUGACCUGCGCUCCCUCUCCGAGGCCAACAACCUGAGCUUUCCUCUGGAGCCACUCAGCCGAGACAAGGCCCAGAAAUUAGAGGCAAUCUCCAGACUGUGCGAGGACAAGUAUAAGGACUUGAGGAAAGGCGCCAAAAAGCGCUCGGUGAGCGCGGACAAUCUGACCGUGGUGCGAUGGGCGCCCGCCAUCAUAUCCUAACAAGCCCCCGGGGGAGGGGGGAGGGGUCGUCCACCCCGGAGGACUUUCCUAACUCAGCUAGGUGCCUUCACAGUGCCUCUGCGUGCUGCAGCACAAAAGACCACCUUUUAUUUGUGUAUGUGUGUGUGUUUGCGUGCGUGCGUGCGUGCGUGCGUGUGAGCGUCGUUAUUAACGCUGUUGUCGCUGUACAGACGCCUCUCCUGUUGGCACAAGUUUGAAUCUGUGGCUGUGACGACAGGGAAGUCACCGCGCCAAGGACAGUCAAAAUGGUGCGUCUCGUGACCUGAGAAUUGAGGGCACCGUGUGAAAAGAAAAAGGAAAAAUAACAACAAAGAACUGUGCCGUGACGGCACUAGAGCAUUCUCCUGACCAUUGGUCCCGUUUCUCUGACUUGUAUGGCUGGUAUUCAAAAAAAAGAAAUUAAUGGUUUGCAGGCAUUUACAAUGGUUUCUUAUGUUUGGCAGAUACAUUUUGUACAUUCCUAUGGUUUUAGUACUAAUUCAUUUGAAGAAAUUCCUCUCCCAAGCACAAAUGAGAUAAAACGUGCAGAGCUGAUGACACUUUCCGGAAUCUUUGUACAUUCCUAAUAUUUUCCCCGUUCUUCUCUCUUAAAAAUGGCUUCGACCAAUGGACAGUGCUGCGCUUUCUUGGGCCCGCAACAUGCCAAGUUUAUAUUUAACGUUGAUUUCCAUUCUUCGGGCAGCUGCGCUCUUGCCGUGGUGGCGAAAAGCGAGAGCGUUUCUGACGAAGGUGACGAAGAACACCCUUUGGACAGCGACUUUUCUUACCUCCGAGAACCACGGCCUUGCGGCAGGGGAAAAGGACCUAACCGUUUCCUGUAUAGAUCAUUUCAUUAUUGUAACAAUAUUAUUAUUACUUGAGUAUGGCUGAUCUUAUGAGAGGUGGACCUUCAGAUGUGGCGGAUCGCUGACUGGGCCGGACGGUCGUAAGGAAGAAGCUCUGAGAUCGUUUGGAAUCGUUCCUCCUGCUCUGGUUGUUUACAAGUGCUUCAAGUAAUUUGAUGUGCUGUGGAAGAAUUGGUGGAGGGAAGGGUGAUUGUUUGGAGGCUGUUCCGUUCCCAUCCUGGGAUGACUCCCUCGGGGGACCGGUAUAUCAGCUCCAGAGCUUGCUUCCCUCUUCAGGUGUAACCAGGUGGGCCGCCCUGUGUGCCCUGUGUUAGUGCGGAUAUCUCCUGGACCACACUCCUACAGCACCACUGGAGCAGAACCUGAAAGCAGGCCUCCCUGAGAGAAAUAAGCAGACAGA